CAGACUUUACACAAGGUUGUUACAAGGCUUAUGGCACUCCUUGAACUUCGAUCAUUUCAGUCCAUAUGGCAGUCGACACAGAUUUAGAGGAUGUCAAUCAGACCACAGUCUACAUCCCAUUCGAUGAUUCUGACGAUGCGAAUACCAAUGGAGUACCACCAUCCCUGUUCCCCGAGCGAGAUUUUCACCAAGGAUGUCAACUUCGCUUUCAAACGUGUAAGGCAGCCUGGGGCAAAUGUUUGAAGAGGAUGCAGGAACUCAUUCACUCACUGCACGCGCCGGUCGUGGAGAGUGUUGUCGAGCAAGUUAAGAAGUCUUAUACGGAUGAGCUUCCGGGGCUACCGUACCCCGAGUUGCCUGUCAUAUCUGUCACAUCAUCCAGCACGUCAUCUUCUCUCUUUGACGAGAUUUCCUUCCGACUAGAGGAAAGCACAGACGAGCUUUUCGAUGACUUAAAUGAUCAUUUCGUGACACACGUCUUUCCAAGUGAUUGCGCAACUAUCACAGGAACUAUGAAGACAAUUGUGACAGGUUUUGUAUCCCGAUCUCCUACCGGAGGACAAGACAUAAAGCGCAAACCAUCUACCUCCCUGGCAGCAUAUGAUAUCGCUCUCCUUGAGGCAUGGUAUCGAGCCGUAUGCGAUGCGCGAGACGAUCGUCACCACAGGUCACGUCUGGUGGUUGUAAUGCAUGACUUCGAACAACUAGAGCCUCAGGUGGUUCAAGACAUGUUUGAAAUUUGCAGCUCACACAUCCCAUGCUUACCGCUGGUGUUUAUCCUCGCGCUAGCUUCGCCCCCUUCCCCGUCUUAUAUUCGUGCUACAUACCCUCACUCUAUGCUGGCAUUGCUGCGAGUGAGAGACUGCCCUUUCCCGCUAGCUGAAAAAUCACUGCACGACAUUUUAUUGGAGACAUUUUUUGAUCCUGUGUUUGAGCCAGAUAUCAUGAUUGGCCCGACAACCAUCGACUUUGUAGUCGAGUUUUUUACUCGUCACACUUCGUCACUUGACGGUCUAUUAUCCGUACUUCAAUUGGCUCACAUGAAACAUUUUGAAGAGCCCCUCAGCGUUCUCGUUCCUGCUCAAGCGUUAGGACGGUCCAAGGAUGCUUCAAGGCUGCUCCUUACGCCUGACGCUUUCCCCUUCCUCGAUGCCCUUUUUGCUCGGGUGCACAGAUCGGCGCUUAUUGCGCCUGUAGAACAUGCUACGAGUUGGCGAGAUGCCACUGUCGAUUUACUCCUAUCUUCUGUGGAGACUGCACGCGAUACUUUCCGAAUGCGCGCCAAGCUGCUCCGUGUAGCAUUUCGGCUUGUGCUCCUUGUCCGCCGAUUUAUGCUGGUGCAUGGGCAUAAGAUCGUUCAGAGCGACCAAGCGAUGCCUGAUUUGAUGUGUCUGGCGUUGCGAGGCCGUCUGGGCAGUGUAUACGGUCAUCUGUGUUCUAUAGUCAGGAAUCUUCCCGCAGCGCAACUUGAGGACUUUGUGCAAGAAGUACAUAAUUUCUUCGAGAAUGUUCCUGAGGACGUAAAAGCGGAGGAAGGCGAAGUCAUUUCGCGCGUAGAAACAGCAUAUAAGAUGUUCUGUCGGGAAGAAAACGCCCGGGACAUAUCCAAUCCGCUCGGAAACUGGUUGUCAGAGUAUUUCAAGUUACGCAUAGUUGCACUGGAAGAUGCUCCGUUAUGGGACAUCUGGUACACCGGCUCGACGCCAUUUCCGUCCGAGUUAAUCAAUCCAUCGCCUUGCGCAUCCAUCCUCGCGGGAUUGAUCCAUCCCCAAGACUACGUGCCUGCCGAACAACGGAAUGGAGAUGACGAAGAUGACGACCUGCCCGACAUAAGUAUUCUUUUCAAGGGCUACCUGGAAAGCGCAAAGAUGAUCAAUGUCUAUGACUGGUUUCAGUCAUUCAUGGUCUUCUUGGAAGGCCGGAAGCGGCGUGUUGAAAAGACCCAUAUUCCUGAUGGUGCGAAUGGAACCUCUAGGACGCCAUCGAGGAAGAAGGGAAAACAAAAGCAGGUAGAGGAUGAGGUCGUUGGUGAGGACGCGGGAGAAGAUGAAGAGGAAUGGCUCGUGGAGGUACAAGCACGGUUCAUCCGCGCCCUUCAGGAGCUAGAUUACCUCGGAUUCAUCAAGCAUACUGGGAGAAAAGUAGACCAUGUCAUGCGGACUGUUUUCGACUCUCCGGAGUAAUCGAACGGGUACUAUUGUUUGCGUGUGAAAAAUAGAUGUCAUGUCAUUUCAUGGGUGGGCCUUGUUUGUCACCGUCCGU